UUGCAAAAAGAGUUUGUCAAAUUAUCCUAAUAUUUUUUUCGUUUUUUAUUUCCAGUCUUAAAAGAACAAGAUGAAACUAUGUGGAGCUAUAUUAUUUUUUCUAUCAAUCAAGGGCCUUUCCAAUGCCUUCCACCUUUCGAAAGACGAAAAAGGUGACACUGCACAGGCUUUCAGUGCGACAACAGACGUAAAUGAAUUUCAUCUAGAAAACAGAUUUGGGAAAAGGUCUAGUUCAGAUGACGUUGAUAUAAGAACCGUGCAUAUGUCUGUAUAUAUGCAAAAGAAAACAAUUCAAUAUUCCCGAGAAGGUAAACAUCGUUAUAGCAAUACGGCCGAUAUCGCAGAACAUAUUAAAGUCAGCCUAGAUGGACAUGGUGGCGGAAAGUACCAUUGCAUUGUUGGAAGUUCAUUUGGAUUCUACGUUACAUAUAAUCUGAAUUAUUAUUUCUAUUUUAAAUUAGGUGAUUUAUACAUACUUGUGUUUAGACAUUGAAAUAUAUAUACAACUCGUUGAUAUGUGUAUAUAUAUAUCAAUAUGAAAAAGUGCAAUACUUCAACCGAAAUCAGUGUGAACAUUUCAGCCGAUGUUUUUGGGUGUGUAGGUAAUAUGUUUUGUAAGCUUGCUGUCCUUAUAAGGUAAGGUAUGCCACCUU